AGAACAGCGUCUUGAGGAGGAGGCUCGUGAGACUGACAAUGUCACACCAGAGGCUCAUUCUGCCUCUCGUUUCUCCAGAAAUCAGCACUCUACAGAAGCUUCAUCCUCACAGUCCUCUGACCGCUCUCGCCCCAAGUGUCAAAUCUGCAAACGUCUUGGCCAUGAGGCAAUCAAUUGCUAUCAUCGGAUGAACGUCAACACCUAUCCUGCAACCGGUCCACCUCCUCGACGAACCCAGCAACGGGGAAGCCAUCAACGCCAACAACAACACUCUGCUCAACCAUCGCCUGCGGCUGCAUUCUCAGCCACACCUUCAUCUCCUAGCCCAUCAACUCUCUAUGAUCCUUGGGUCAUCGACUCGGGUGCCACACAUCAUGUCACUGGUGACAUUAGCAAGCUCUCUUUAUCACAUCCUUAUAACGAAUUUGCAGGGGCAGACGUUGCUAAGAGGGACGCUUGAAAAUGGUCUGUACCGGUUACCAUCAUCAUGUCAACCCUCCCCUCUUCGUGCCUUCUUUGGUGAACGUACUUCUUUAGAGUGCUGGCAUCGCAGAUUGGCACAUCCCACUGAGCCUAUUUUACGUCGUCUAGUGUCUACUUUUUCAUUACCUAUUACUAGUUCCUCCCUACCUAAUAUUUGUGAUUCUUGUCAGUUAGGGAAAAGUCAUCGUCUUCACUUACCUAAGCGGUUGGAAUCAUCCAAAACCCC